CUGCGUUGCAGAGCCAAACCAGACAGUUAUGGAGGUGCAGAUGACAGACUCAAUAAUUACAGUUAUACAUGCUUGCUGAUUUUGGCUAACUUCCAAAAGAGCUUCCCCACAAAAGGGUUUUGACGGACUGGCAUUACCACAUUUCAAGAUCUGGAUUAUGGUGUAGCUCAGUAUUUCUCAGUCAAAUUAUUUCUCUAGCAAAUUAUAUAAAAACAACGUCUGGACUUCAGCUUACUGAUUUAAAUUCAUUUGUAAAAAAAACUGAAUAAAACAAAUGAAUAAAAGACCCAUAAAUCCCUAAUCAGGGGGAUUCUGGGAGUUGAAGUCCACCAUCUUGAAAGCACGUGAGGUGAGGGAUUCUGGGAAUUGGAGUCCUGAACCUUAAAGGAUGAGAAACGCUGAGCUAAGCUUCCUUCAGCGAAGAUCCGCAGCUUUCCUAGUGUGUCCAAUGCGCACGCGCAGCACUCCCUACCUGCUUGGGCUCCCUGCCCUCGCGCGCAUGCGUACCUUGAGUACCACGACGGCCACCGCCUUCGGCGCCUCAUCCCUAGAGAGCCUUAAAAGCGAGGCGGAAGCGGAAGUGACGCUCGCUUCCCCUGUGCUGGGCGACAUUUCCGGAGCGAAGGCGUCUGAAGAGAAGAAGAGCGAAGCCCCGCGGUUCCUCGGCUUCCUCGUCCCAGCAAUCCCAGAAAUCAUGGCCAUGGAUUGGCUUGGAAGCAUCGUCUCGAUCAGUUGUGGAGACAGCUUGGGAGUCUACCAAGGAAGGGUGUCUGCGGUGAAUCAAGCAAGCCAGACAAUUUCACUCACGCGGCCUUUCCAUAACGGAGUCAAAUGUUUGGUUCCGGAGGUUACUUUCAGGGCUGGGGAUAUCACUGAGCUGAAGAUCCUGGAGAUUCCAGGCCUUGGCGAUAACGGACAAUGUGUAGACUUCCAGCACCCCGACCUUGGCAUUCCGGCUCUCGAGUGUCCGGGUGGCGCCAGUCAGAACGGCACUGGCAAAUUGCCGAAGAAGCCUAGCAGUGCUCCACAGAACAUCCCCAGGAGGACAGACGUGAAGACCCAAGAAGCCGUUCUUUCUCCCCAGCUGCACCCCUGUUCUAAGAGCUACAUGGACCGACACACGGAGGCCUUGAACCCAUCCAAGAACUUUCGCCGCAGGCACAACUCGUGGUCGUCCAGUAGCCGUCAUCCCAACCAGGUGACCCCGAAGAAAAGCGGCAUGAAGAACGGCCAGAUGAAGAACAAGGACGACGAGUGCUUUGGGGACGACAUCGAAGAGAUCCCGGACACCGAUUUUGACUUUGAGGGCAACCUGGCCCUUUUCGACAAGGCCGCUGUGUUUGAGGAGAUAGAAACCUACGAGAGGAAGAGCGGGACCCGCUCCCGGGGCACGCCGAGCGAGAAGGCGGCCGGCCGCUACCGCCACGACGAGAACAUUUUGGAGUCGGAUCCCAUCGUCUACAGGAGGAUCACCGUCCCGCAGGCGAGCAAAGAGUUCUGCACCGAUUCCGGCUUGGUGGUCCCCAGCGUCUCUUACGAGCUGCACAAAAAGCUGCUUUCCGUGGCCGAGAAACACGGCUUGACUCUCGAACGGAGGCUGGAAAUGACGGGGGUGUGCGCCAGCCAGAUGGCCCUGAGUUUGCUCGGAGGACCCAACAGGCUGAACCCUAAAAACAUUCACCAGCGACCUACCGUGGCCUUGUUGUGUGGCCCUCAUGUGAAAGGGGCCCAGGGGAUCAGCUGUGGACGGCACCUCUCCAAUCACGAGGUGGACGUCAUCCUCUUCCUCCCCAAUUUCGUCAAGAUGCUGGAAUCGAUCACCAACGAGCUGACGCUCUUCAGCAAGACUCAAGGGCAGCAGGUGUCCAGCAUUAAAGAUCUUCCAGAGACGCCUGUCGACUUAGUGAUCAACUGCUUGGAUUGCCACGAAAACGCUUUCCUGAGGGAUCAGCCUUGGUACAAAGCUGCCGUAGACUGGGCCAAUCAGAACAGAGCGCCGGUCCUCAGCCUGGACCCUCCCGUGAACGAAAUGGAGCAAGAAGUCGAGGCCAAGUGGUCUCUAGCCUUGGGGCUGCCCUUGCCGCUGGGCGAGAGGGCCGGCCGGCUAUACCUCUGCGACAUUGGCAUCCCCCAGAAAGUGUUCCAGGAGGUGGGCAUCAAUUACCACUCGCCUUUCGGCUGCAAAUUUGUCAUCCCUCUGCACUCGACCUAAAGGGUGGGGGAGACCGCCUGGCCUGUCGUCCAGGAGAAGACAAACCUCCGGCUACCCAGUGGAUCCUCACUGUGUGAAAUGUUUCUGGACGCCUUAAGGGAAAAUAUUUUUUUACACUUCUGGGCUGUGUUUCUUCUCGAAAAGAACCCUGGCGCAGCGGGUCAAGAGAAGCGCAAAGAUUCCCCUUCCGCUGAGCCACCCUCAGUGCUCCUGUGCCAUUCAUUGCCUGGUGGAAUCUUACGGCAGCUCACGUUGAUGGUGGGAAGAUAAGCAGACGUGUCCUCCUACCCCAGGAAGCUCUGUUUUGCUUGGUCGCGUUACCAGUGAUUUUUCUUUUUAAACUUUUGGGGGGGGGUUGGGGGUUUUUUUUGGGGGGGAGGGUAUUUUCCAGCACUAGAGUGGGGUAAAAGGUUGCUUGGGUUCCUGCCCCCCUUUCCCCCCCUCUCCAGCCUUUCACGAUCACGGGAGAAAUGAUCACCUUUUAGUUGGGUUCCUUCUAGUGCUUGGAUUGUCCUUUUCUCUUUCAAGCUCACGUCUUCUUGGACUUCACACGUUUGGGUCCCCGUUGGGGUUGCGAUCCACGUGCUCCAUUCCAGGGCCAGCCUUCAUUUCUCUGCUCACGGCUUCACUAGCAUUUGCUUCUCCUGUCGUGUGAACGGUGUCGUGCGGAGUGCGGCGAGGACGCCUGGAGUGAUGGAGGAGCAGAUGGAGAAUCGUGCCAACUUUUAGGUUUCCACCCCCGUAAUUCGUGACCUGCCAUCUUAACGGCGAAGAGCAUGCACGGAUUAAUGGCUAUUCCUUUUGUGCAUGAGUGCGUUUUUGUGUGUGUGAGAGAGAGACAAGACCGAAAGAACUAGCUUUGUUGGGCCCAUGCCGUUCCCAUUGGAUACGAAGGUCCAGGAAGAUUGAAGCGCUUGACACAAUGGUCUCCUUCCCUUUAGAAUGACCACGCACACCAGUGCUUGCCUGGAGCGAUUGAAUGGAUGUGAUGCUGUCAGGUGGCCCGAGACACCUUCAAGAGGCCAUUGGCUGGCAACAAUUGUGGUCCCGCACACUGAAAUGCCCAUGAGCCAGUUUCCCGCCGGUGCUGUUGUAGCGACACUUGGUUCCUCUUCAUUUUCCCCCCAUUUUUGUGGGGAAUUGUCAACGAUGCUCUGUGGGGACCCAGUUCUUGGUCCCGGGAGUGGGGUGGGGACUUGUUCCUGCGGUCCUUAGGCGCCGUCUAGCUUUCAAGGGGUGGGGGGUCCAUGUAUUAAGCAAGUGGGGCACUUCCAAGAAGUCCACCACCACCACGCUCAGCCUUUUUCUUGUCUCCAAAGAUGCCGUGCAGAAUUCUCAUGAAUCGCAAUGAUUAAACUGCAGUAAAGAAGCUCGCUUGCCAAGUCGUGUUCAUUUCCAUUCGCACCCUGUGCAGGAAACAAGUGGCCUUUUCUCUCCCCCCCCCCUCCUGCCCCCCAGAACUCUCAGCCCACACACUAAUUUAGGUCUAAUUUUUUUUUUUU